AUGGGCUUUAAGUUCGUGAAGAAGAACAAGAAGAUGAUGAGUAGUGAAGCUGCAAGAGAGACGAAUCUACUGAGCAAUCAGGAGGUUUACUCAAUCGCCGGAGAUCUCCACAGCGGCGGCGACAUCAAACCAUCGCUCGAGUUCACCGGUAAACUUUCAAAGGACUUGUAUACGAUCUCUCACAGCGACGGUUUAAUCGUAUGCCAAGGGAAGAAAAACUCUAGCGUUGUGGUUUGGAAUCCAUGUACUGGUGAAAGGAAGAUGAUCGAACCUAGAACUUGUUACCGUCAAAGCGAUAGAUUCGCUUUAGGAUACAGCAUCAGCCGUAGCUACAAGAUCUUGAGGUGUCACUAUUAUCUAAACGAGGAACGAGCUUGCGUUUUUAUGACCACCACCUCCGAAUCUCUGAGAAACCAUUGCUGUGUCUUCUUCUGCAACACUCCUCAAGCUUAUCUUCAGUUUAGUCUCAUCCCCAAGCUCGGGGACUCUGUAAACAACAGCUCCAACACCUGUUGCUCUUCUCCGCCAAUUGAUUCCCUAGCUCGCUUCUAAGCUCUGCAAUCUCGUCUCCAUUUACAGCCAAACACCGACCAAACUCUUUAUCACCCUCUAAGAACAAUCUUAUAGGACUGUUCCAGCGCCUGCUGAAUCAGUUUACGUUUCCUAGACAAAAUCUCUUUCCCUCUGUUGAUCACAGUGUCAUGAUCCAACGAGAGCAGUUGCUGAAACAAUGAACUGUUCUGAUUGAUAUUUUGUGUUAAAAAAA